GGAGUUCGCAAUCGCUCGUUGUUGAAGUUGGUUGCUCGGAGGACGUUGGCGACGCAGGCCGACACGGACGUCUUUGCCCCUCUUGAUACCUUCCCCGACCGUCACAUCGGUCCUGACCGCAAUGAGACGUCUUACAUGCUCUCGAAGCUGGGCUAUGACUCCAUGGAAGCAUUCGUUGCUGCAACUGUACCACAGAAGAUCCGUGUGUCGUCUUCCUCAGUAAGCGACGCGUCUAUACCGGCGCUGAGCGAGGGUGAAUUGCACGCACGCGCAAGGGAAUUGGCCAACGCGAACGCGCCCUUUAGAAGCUACAUAGGUAUGGGUUAUCACAAUGCUGUUGUACCCCCCGUCAUCCUGCGGAAUAUUAUUGAAAAUCCCGCCUGGUAUACGCCAUACACGCCGUAUCAACCUGAGAUUGCUCAAGGACGGCUUGAAUCACUCGUUAACUUCCAGACUAUGGUCAUGUCUUUAACGUCUAUGGAUAUUGCGAACGCGUCAUUACUGGAUGAAGCAACAGCCGCCGCCGAAGGCAUGGUAAUGGCUUACGCGCACUGUGGUCAGAAGAAGCGGACCUUUUUCGUGGACAAAGGCAUAUCUCCUCAAACCCUGUCUGUCCUGCGUACUCGUGCUAAGGGCUUCGGAAUUGAUCUGGUAAUCGGUGAUGCUCUCAAGGGCGUACAGGAACACAUUUCCACAGGAAAGCUCUGUGGUGUCCUUGUGCAAUAUCCGGACGUAGAUGGCUAUGUUCGGGAUUAUGGAAUGUUGACCGAGACUGUGCACAAAGAAGGAGCGUUGGUCCUCUGUGCCACCGAUCUCCUAGCGCUCACUAUGCUGAAGCCACCAGGUGAAUGGGGCGCGGACAUAGUCUUUGGUAAUUCCGCCCGGUUUGGUGUUCCUGCGGGUUAUGGAGGACCGCAUGCGGCCUUCUUUGCGUGCAGCGAUGCUUUGAAGCGAAAGAUGCCCGGCCGUCUGAUUGGAAGAAGUCGAGAUACUAUGGGACGACCCGCCUAUCGGCUUGCUUUGCAGACUCGCGAACAGCAUAUCCGUCGUGAAAAGGCUACCAGUAACAUCUGCACAAGUCAAGCCCUGCUUGCUAACAUGGCGGCUAUGUACGCUGUCUACCAUGGUCCUGUUGGCCUGCGACGUAUCGCGAACAAAGUCCACCGUUUCACUCAGAUUCUCAAGUCGUCGGUCGAGAGUGUCGGUUUCAAGGUCGUCAAUGAAGGCUUUUUCGACACCCUGACAGUCAACGUAGCACCUUUGGACGGUGUCAGUGCGGAUGCCGUCCACAAUGCAGCGCUGGCUGCCGGUAUCAACCUGCGUCAGGUGGAUGCCGCACAUGUCGGUAUAACCUUGGAUGAAAGCGUUACCCCUCGGGAUCUUGUCGACAUCAUCAACGUGUUCAGGACCUCUGCAUCUUCUCCCGUUCUCACUGUGACAGAUCUGACGGUCCCUGCUGAAUUGUCUGUUCCUGCCGCUUUGCAGCGUAACUCCAAAUUCCUGCCCCAUCCUAUCUUUAACCAGCACCACUCUGAGACGGAGAUGCUUCGCUACAUCCAUCACCUGCAGGGCAAGGAUCUUUCAUUGGUUCAUGCCAUGAUCCCCCUUGGUAGCUGCACGAUGAAGUUGAACAGCACAAGCAGCAUGAUUCCCUUGACAUGGCCGCAGUUUAGUGCCGUCCAUCCCUUUGCCCCUAAGGAUCAGGUCAAAGGAUAUCUGCAGAUUAUCAAGGAAUUGGAAGAUGACCUCUGCAAGAUCACCGGUUUCCACGCUUGUACAUUGCAACCAAAUUCUGGUGCAGCUGGGGAAUAUACUGGACUGUCUGUCAUACGUGCCUAUCAAGAAUCCAUCGGCCAGGGCCAUCGAAACAUUUGUCUGAUCCCCGUCAGUGCGCAUGGUACUAACCCGGCCUCCGCUGUGAUGGCUGGUCUCAAGGUAGUACCGGUGAAGACUCUUCAAGACGGCAGUCUUGAUUUAGAGGACCUGAAGACCAAAGCGGAGAAACACAAAGAUAACCUCGCGGCUUUCAUGAUCACUUAUCCAUCCACAUUCGGUGUCUUCGAGGCCGGCGUCCAAGACGCUUGCAGAAUCAUCCAUGAGAAUGGUGGACAAGUAUAUCUAGAUGGUGCUAAUCUCAAUGCCCAAGUCGGUCUGACUGAUCCAGCUACGUGCGGAGGUGAUGUCUGCCACUUGAACUUACACAAGACGUUCGCGAUUCCCCAUGGCGGUGGAGGACCUGGUGUUGGACCUAUCUGUGUCGCUGAGCAUCUUGCGCCUUUCUUACCUGGCCAUCCUGUUGUGGCCACGGGUGGUGACCAAGCUAUCGAGGCCGUGGCCGCAGCGCAGUUUGGUAGUGCAUCGAUAUUGAUAAUCUCUUGGGCUUACAUCAAGAUGCUCGGUGGAGAUGGCCUUUCCCACUCGUCCAAGAUAGCCCUGCUGAACGCAAACUACAUGGCUCAUCGACUGUCGGGCUAUUAUAAUCUUCGGUAUAAGAAUCAUAAUGGCCGGGUUGCCCAUGAACUUCUCAUCGACCUGGCGGAGUUCGACAAAGCCGCUGGACUGAAGGUUACGGAUUUCGCAAAGCGUCUGCAGGACUACGGGUUCCACCCUCCGACCUGCUCGUGGCCGAUCUCUACUUGCAUGCUGAUUGAACCGACUGAGUCUGAGACCCUGGAAGAACUAGACAGGCGCGCUUCUUUCGAAUUCUGCGAUGCUUUGAUCCAGAUACACCAGGAAGCUCAAGAUGUAAUCGCGGGCAAGCAGCCGAAGGAGAACAAUGUUCUGAAGAACGCCCCCCACCCACCUCAGGUUAUCGCUUUACCCGAAACCGAAUGGAAUAGGCGCUUCCAAUUUUCUCACUUUACAUAUAGACCAUAUUCACGGAUGACCGCUGCGUACCCCAAGCCUUGGUUAUUAGAAAAGAAGUUCUGGCCAACGGUGUCUAGGAUCGACGAUGGU